CUUAUUUGGUUUAAAAUACCACACCAAACAUCCUAGAUUAUGAUAAUUUAUUAACUUUACAGGUAACCCAUACCAACUAUAUGACCCAAUGGUACUCAACCAUUUUGUUAGAGCUUACACAAAGUUACAUACUCCCAUUCACUUACAUGAAACAAAACGCGUCCUUGUCCUGUCCUCCUCUGUCUAUGGGCUAGGACACAUUUGCGUACACACUGCUAACAGAAUGUGGCCAUGUGCGUCACAGACCAACUGGAUGUGGUCUGAGCGAUCGGAUCUUAAUGCGUCUUGGGUGGAUUCACACCUCUACUCUAGCUGUCCACUUAUGAUCGGACCACCCAAGACGCAUGUUGAAGCAACAUUAUGUACUAAUUUUACCUUAAAAAAACCGCUUCAAAAUCAUUUGGGUGGUACACUGACUUAGUAGACAUAGUGUUAACAUUAUCAAUAAUAGUAGGCCAACAAAAAAUGUCAAAGACAAAUUUGGAAAUUAAUAUAAGUGUAUAAGGACGUUAUCUUGUCUUAAUAGUGAAGUUUAAUUAUCAUGCUUCAUACCGUAGACCUAUGUAUUUUCAUAAAACGUAUAUAUUCAAGAAGAAAUUACAUAUGUGCCAACAUUAAAUGAAUUUGAUGCUUGGAAGGGACAACAAUUGCCAAUGAAUGUUAGGUUAGAAAAUACAUCAUGUGCCCAAUGAUGACUGCCGGUAUAAACCACACCCACUUCCAGUCUUCAAUCCGAAUACCGAUACAGAGACAGAUGAUUUUGUUGGUUGCUUCAUAGUAUUAUGUCAUGUUUUGUUCCCCCAGAAUUGGGGCCGCAGCAAAAAAUCCGCCAAGGGCCCCAGAAAUGCCAGGGCCUGCCCUGCUCCCAGGAUCCAUAUCCAGGAGAGCGCCACACCAAAAUUAUUCCUGCGUGUGUUUUUUUUUUUUCAUUACACAUUGGAGGUGUCCAUCGUUGGGGCUUUAUUGCUUUCACCAGCAGACCUCCGCAUACAGAUUCACUUAUCAUAGUAGGAUGACCUAACUGAAAGGCCACCAAAGCCUUAGGAUGAUGUGCCUGUGUUGCAGAGGGUUUCGCGAGCAAAUUUAUGACAGGAGCAGCACUGAGACCUGUUUGGAUGAUUGGGUUCAGGCUUGCUUUAUCGCACUCCAGUAACUCAAAUAUGAGUCAAUAUAUUAUUUCCUGCGGGGCACAUAACUCCUUUACUCCAUUAAUAACAACCACAGAGGAUUGCAGCAAAUUCCAGUACGUUACAAGCACACAGGGCUGGGAAAAGCAUGGAAAAGGAACUGAGAUUCUUCAGACAAGACACAGCAGAAAAUGAAAACGUAACUGGUUGUGUCAGCAAUCCUCUGGUAAAUGUCAGUAUGCACCUAAAAAAAAACGAUACAAAAUGGCUGUUUUCAAUGACAAAUUGUCAGUGUAAAAAAGUGAUAAUAGGGUUAAUGUCAUUCAGGACAGUAAGAUAUAAUUUUCAUGGGAGCCUGAAUAGGGGUUGUGUUCUCUCAUAUUAACCUGCAGGAACUGGGUGGGAUCCAGGAGUCCAUUUUAGCCCAUUGAUUACAUGCUAAUUAGUUUAAAAUGUAAAGUGUCAGAUGAAACAACAUGAACAGUGAUAAGUGCCACCAGCAUACAAGGAUUUUAAGGACUUCAUGUGGAAUGGAACAAGUCUCCAAGCAGAAGGUUUCUUUAAAAAAGACAUAGUAUAAUGGAAACAAAAUACAUUUAACAUUUUGUAAAACCCCAAAUGCCAGUGUAGAUAUAUAGACGGCAUUCUACUCACUUCCAUUCCUAGAGACAUGUAGCAGUGUUCAGAUUCCAUACAUUUUGUGGUACUAAAUCUUUUAAACAAAAAAUUAUUCUUUAGUAAUAUUAACAUAAAGAUUUGCUGUGCACUUUGCAAAAUUGUAGCCUAGAUCUAACUACCGAAUACGAAUAGAAACCAGUUUUCAAUUUGAAAAGAUAUCAAACAACAAACUAAGGGUUCAAACCACUUUGCUUAUUUAGAUCAAGCGAACAUGUCCUUUAAUGAUUCAUCACGAUCCAUCUGUUCACCAAACCACCCCACAGGCUUUAAUGCACAUUCCAAGAUUUCCCCCAUUGUAGGUUAUAGCUGUGUUUUGGAAGUGUAAACCAAGCUUUGCUUAUUAAGUUAAAGAAGCUGCAUCUUUGCGUCUGUGAAAGCAGUGAAAAAUCUAGCUACCUCUGUUUCUGCUCAGUUUACCAGUGGUGAGGCUCGCGCUCUCUUCUAAAUGGUGGGACGAGGGAGGAAGAUGGAGAGAGGGGUAUGUGUUGGACGGUGGUGUGUCCAAGUGUCCUUUUUGAUUUACUAUAGCUGUUAAGAGGGCUGCUACAAGAUUUGUCCUUGAUCCUUCUGAGGAAGCAAAUUGGCAUGAGUCAUGGCGUAACAAAGGAUUUUCCGAUGGUGCUGACGCGGCGCGUUUCUCAUUCAUGUCCCGCUGUGACGCGCUGCGACUGCGGUAGCUGCUGCGGCGGCGACGCACUGCCUUCAGCACAGUCUAUUAGGGAUACACAGACUGUCUGUCUGUGCUAAUAAUAUCACUCUCUUAAAUAUAUAUGUAUUGUUGAAGACAAAGUACAGUUGGAGACAGUCAUUCAAAUUCAGAAUUUCGCCGAAAUCAGGACGUCGACAGAGCCUAUACCACCAAAAGGGGUUAGAGUAGCCUUAUCUGAUUAAGGCAACCGGGAGUCUGUUAUAACUAGUUGAAUCGAAGUCCAUUGCAUUUUGUCAUUUUUUAAUUGUCUUGUCCAGGGUCGCUAUCCCAAUUUUGAAGGAUAAAAGCUUCACCUGGUUGAAAGAAUCUAUACUUGACACAGAAUUCAGGACAGUGAUUGAACUAUUCGUUUAGCCCAAGUGCAAUAGCCUAAUGGAUGUGGUAAAAAUCGCAUCUCAUAAAUGGUUUCAAUAAGCUACAUAUAAAAUGUAUUUUUUCGGUGGUUGACUAGAGCACACAGAUCAUUAAGGUUGCUUUGUCAGAAAAAAGCCUUUGAUUAUUAUUUGUAUUUGCAUGAUGCACCCGUCCUCCAUUUACGUGGAAAAUAUGAAUGGAACUGUUCGAGUGCUGUACUUCCAGAAAUUAGUUCAAACAGGAUCGCAGUUCACUACAUGGGCUAGUAACAGCUGUCCCGCCAGUUAUUUUCAGAUAAUGUAAAAAUGCAGCGCUGACGGCGAUUGAUUGUUUUACUGAUAAUUUCUUAAGGAGAUUAAUGAAUAUUUGAACGCAAGUAGCGACCUGCCUGAUGUGACGUCACGCCAGUUGUUUUGGAGCGCACAUCCAAUCGCGUACCUGGCUCGGAUUCUACAGAAGCCGAUAAGUGUCUAUUCUAACCUCGCCGCUCUCCUCACGCACCUACCACAACGCCCCCUCUCUAGAUGCUCGGUGCUGCCCGCCUGCUGCUUUAAACGGCAGCAGUGACAUGGAAAGCCCAUUGCAGUUGCAGAACGAUUUCUAUCCGGAGCAGCAGCAGCUCCAACACUGUAAGUACCAGCACUACUGCGGACGCCAAGAACGCUCCAUCAGCCAGCAGGACAGAGGUGGCACUUGGAAUAACUCUGCCUGCGAUGCACGGAAAAGCCUAAUUUCUCACGGGACGUCGCCUACCCCUCUCGGAACUUUAAGGACACCGUCCGUAUCGUCUUUGAGACAAGGCUGUCAGAUAAGCGCUUGCGAGUUCACGCCCUCUAGUCAUGGUAGUUCAUCCAGACAUCAUCAUCAUCACCACCAUCAGCAGUGCCACAGUCGGCAGCGGGGCAGCCCGGCCAGCAGCCGCAGAGAGAGUAACUCUUAUAGGCAAAUAGCCAUGAGCAGCUGCAGAUACAACGGCGGCGUUAUGCGGCCGCUGAGCAACUUGAGCUCGUCCCGCAGAAACCUACACGAGUUUGAUUCGGAGUCCCAGCCGCUGCAGCCCAUCUCCACUGCGGAUGCGUCGGACAAUCUAGCCUCUAAACCGGAUAACAACUCGACCACUCUUAUGCCUUACGCAUCGGGGGAUGGAGGAGGUAACCACAGUGGCAGCAAACCGAAAAAGAAGGGCCAGAACAUUGGUCAAAAGCUGGGACACAGGAGGGCCUUGUUUGAAAAGAGGAAACGGCUGAGCGACUAUGCGCUGAUCUUUGGGAUGUUUGGGAUCGUUGUUAUGGUCAUAGAGACGGAACUGUCAUGGGGUGCAUAUGGAAAGGAGUCAUUGUAUUCAUUAGCUCUCAAAUGCCUGAUCAGCCUUUCAACAAUCAUUCUUCUUGGUCUGAUUAUCAUAUAUCACGCCAGGGAAAUCCAGUUGUUCAUGGUGGACAAUGGAGCCGACGACUGGCGGAUAGCCAUGACGUACGAGCGCAUCUUCUUCAUUGUUCUGGAGAUCCUGACGUGUGCCAUCCACCCCAUCCCGGGCAACUACACCUUCACGUGGACGGCGCGCCUGGCCUUCUCCUACACGCCGUCCAAGGCCAACGCCGACGUGGACAUCAUCCUGUCCAUCCCCAUGUUCCUGCGGCUGUACCUGAUCGCACGCGUCAUGCUGCUGCACAGCAAGCUGUUCACAGACGCGUCGUCGCGCAGCAUCGGCGCGCUCAACAAGAUCAACUUCAACACGCGCUUCGUCAUGAAGACGCUCAUGACCAUCUGCCCCGGCACCGUGCUGCUCGUCUUCACCAUCUCGCUGUGGAUCAUCGCCGCCUGGACAGUGCGCGCCUGCGAAAGAUACCAUGACAGCUUGGACGUAACCAGCAACUUCUUAGGAGCCAUGUGGUUGAUCUCAAUCACUUUUCUAACCAUCGGUUAUGGGGAUAUGGUUCCCAACACCUACUGUGGAAAGGGAGUCUGCCUCUUGACAGGGAUCAUGGGGGCUGGAUGCACUGCUCUGGUGGUGGCAGUGGUUGCAAAAAAACUGGAACUUACCAAAGCCGAAAAACAUGUACAUAACUUUAUGAUGGACACCCAGCUGACAAAAAGAGUGAAAAACACGGCUGCGAAUGUACUCAGGGAGACGUGGCUCAUCUACAAGAACACCAAGCUGGUGAGGAAGAUGGAUCACGCCAGAGUCAGAAAGCAUCAGAGGAAAUUUCUCCAAGCCAUUCAUCAAGCUCGAAAAUUGAGAAGUGUUAAAAUGGAGCAACGCAAGCUGAAUGACCAGGCUAACUCUCUAGUGGACCUUGCGAAGACCCAGAACAUCAUGUACGAGCUGAUCUCGGACCUGAACGAGCGCGGCGAGGACAUGGAGAAGCGCAUCGCCCUGCUGGAGACCAAGCUGGAGACACUGCUGGGCAACCUGCAGGCGCUGCCGGGCCUCAUCAGCCAGCUGAUCAGCCAGCAGCACCGGGACUUUCUGGAGGUGCAGCUGCAGCCGUACGACAAACACAGCCCCGAGCGCUCGCAGUCAGUCUCCCGGCGACGCUCUUCCUCAACAGCGCCCCCUACCUCCUCGGAGAGCAGCUAGGCAGAGGCGUUCACUGGGAGAAGGAGGACAAUGGAGGGAACAAACAAUAAAGGAGCAGACAGAUAAACUAAUGUCAGAGAAGAAGAAAAAAAAACACCUCAACCUCCUGCGACUGUUUUCUGUUUCUCCUGCCCCCCUCCAUUGAACCUGCAGGCGAAAGACUUUUGCCAUUACAUGGCCAAGUUACAUUUACUGUAAAGCCUUAGGGUUUGAAACAGAAGUAUCAAGCCUGAAAUUCUGAUGACAGAAUUCGAGGUAUCUUGAGGAGGCAAUAUUUUUUUCUCCUUUUUCUUUUUUUUUGUUUUACUUUCUUUUUAACAGAUAACUCAACAUACUGUUGAGUGAUUCUUUUUAUUACCUCAAAAAUGUGUUAUCUUUUUUUUUUUUUUUCUGACGACAUGAUCAUAGAGAAUACCUUUCCUCAGUAAAAACUAUUAAAAGGUGCCUGUGUGCUUAGAGCUUGGAGAUGGACGAGACUGUGUGUGAGCGUGUGACUGAGUGAGUGUGUCUGAGAGAGCGUGUUCAUCUGUCACCUCUGGCCUGUUUCAGGGAAGCAGUGACAGCCUCUGGUGCAAACCUGCUGUGCUAAGCUAGCACAUCCUCACAGCACCGUCUCUGCUUUGGCAAUCUGAGGGUGACCUAUGUCUUCCCUAUUCAUUUCUUUUCUUUUUCCUUUUUUUAAUUUGUUUUUGACAUGCUCAGUGCAUUUUGAUCACUCAGAUCUGCAUGCUUUUAAUACUUUUUAUUGAGGAAUUGACAGUCUGUUCUGGGCAUGUGCAAC